UUGAAGGCUAUGAAAGCUUUCAAACGACUGAAAUGGCCGACAACCCUCCUGCAGCUCAGCAAGCGGCCGGUUCAGGUGACAGUGCGCCAAAGACCCAACAUUCCUCACCGACUGAUUCGAGGGGCCGCGGUGAAGGCAGGAAUCGGGGCAGUCGUGGGCGAGGACGAGGGGACAGAGGCAGAGGUCGUGGAUUUGGAUCAAAAGAUCAAGGUGGUCGCAACAAGAAAAGAGAAGUGGGUCGAAAGGAAUGGGAUUCUACUCGUGUAGACAGGAGGCAGAGGAACGAUGACCAGCAAGAAGCAAAGCGCCGAAAGUUAGAAGAUGGCGCGAUUGCCGGAGAGACUGCAAGCCCAUUCUCCAAAGAAGAGAUUGAAGCCGAAUCUCGAAAACCCAAGCGCAAAGUCGCAGUAAUGAUUGGCUAUGCCGGUACUGGCUACAAGGGUAUGCAGAUCAACGCUUCAGAAAGGACGAUUGAGGGAGAUUUAUUCAAGGCUUUCGUGGCAGCAGGAGCUAUAUCCAAAGCCAAUGCCGAUGACCCGAAGAAAUCCUCACUUGUACGAUGUGCACGUACCGACAAGGGCGUACAUGCUGCUGGGAAUGUUAUCUCUCUCAAACUUAUUGUUGAAGACCCGAAUAUUGUUCAGAUCAUUAAUGAGCAUUUGCCGCCGCAGAUUCGGGUAUGGGGAAUCGAACGAACCAAUGGCGCUUUCAGUUGUUACCAGACUUGCGAUUCUCGAUGGUACGAAUACCUGAUUCCUACCUAUUCUUUCCUACCACCACAUCCACAGAGCUUUCUAGGCAAGAAACUGGUCGAAUCUGCCGAAAAAGAAGGUGUAUUUGAGACAUAUCAGUCUUUGCAGGAAGAUGUUGCCUCAUUUUGGAAAGAAACAGAGGAGAAAUAUGUCAAUCCAAUCUUAGAAAAGUUGGAUCCUGAGCUUCGAGAAGCUGUCAUGACCUCAAUUCAUUCCUCAGAGGAAGAAAAUCUCGUGCCCAAGAAGGAGGAGGCAGCAGAUGUAAAAAGUGAGGGGGUCGAGCAAUCGGACAAAUUGGAGAGCGAAAGGGAUGAAGGGACAACUGAGAUCAAGAACGAAACAGUUGAUGGUCAGACCGACACCAAGACUGGAGGUGAUGUUGACAUCAAGACGGAAGACGAUGGCCUUAAAAGCAAGAUUGAAGGAUCUGCGAAUCUGGUCGACAUCAAGAAGGAAAGCAAUGGUGAAUCAACAAACGUCAAGAGCGAAAAUAUCGAGGAAUCGAAAUCAGUUCUCACACCUCUCGAGGCAGCUAUCAAAGAGGUCAAAGCAGCGUAUAUCAUUGCAAAAAAGGCAUAUCGCGUCUCACCAAACCGGAAGCAAAGAGUUCAAGAAACUCUGGACUGUUACAUUGGAACCCGCAAUUUCCACAAUUACACUAUCCAGAAGACCUUUUCGGAUCCAUCCGCCAAACGAGUAAUUCGUUCUUUCAAAGUGGCCUCUGAGCCUGUCAUUAUCAACGACACGGAGUGGUUGUCCUUGAAAGUACAUGGUCAGUCUUUUAUGAUGCACCAGAUCCGCAAAAUGGUGGCUAUGGCAGCUUUGGUGGUGCGAUGUGGCGCGUCAAAGGAUCUGAUCCAGGAGACAUAUGGUCCAGCCAACAUCAGUAUUCCUAAAGCUCCGAGCUUGGGUCUUUUGUUAGAACGGCCUGUAUUCGACUCUUAUAACCAAAAGGCUCUCAAAGAAUUCAUGAGAGAGAAGAUCGACUUUGACAAAUAUGAGAAGGAAAUGAACGAGUUCAAGCAAAGGGAAAUUUAUGAUCGGCUUUUCAGAGAGGAAGAAAAAGAUCACCAGUUUCAUGCUUUCUUCCAUCAUAUCGAUCACUUCCGAACAGAUUACUUCUUGUGGAUCACUGCUUCUGGUAUUUCUGCUGCGAAGCAAAGCAAGGCUGCUUCUAGAGUUGAAAAUCUGAGCGAUGACGAGGCCGAUGUCAAUGGGGAGGAAGGCUAAUCGUUCGAUUCCUUCUUUGGCAUAGGUAGCAAACUGUCCAUAACACGAGGACGCACCUUUGGCGCUUCCUAUCGGAGCAUCAAGGUUAGCAUCUGGAAGGUCGCGUUGCGUUCUCUUCCACAGAUACAUAGGUACAGCCUUUCCCCCAAAGGCAUGGUAGUGUGACCAGUAGCUUCUUGUUGUGUCGAGCUCUAUCAGCACUCAUCGCCAUACGAUAAACCAACUAGGUUCAGAUAAUUAAGUAAUCCAAAGCAUUUC